AAGGACACCAUACAGCUCUUACAGAUGCGGCGGGCUGAUAAUGAAACACCUGCACAGGACAAUGAGUGGGUUCAGUUUCGAAAAAUGAUUUAUUGGAUUUUCCUUAGACCCCCCCAAAAACUCAUCCUAAUUCACACAUCUUUCCAAGCACAGCUUUCUCAUCCUAAAUGUGACAAUUGUAUUUGGUGCUAAUACAGUAGCCUAGCAUAGCCUAUAGUUUAUUCCGUUUAUAUUCGAUAAACGUUCCACUAUGAAACGGUAUGUGAGUAGCAUUGACAAUGCAAAACUGGUGUGACUUCUUUUUCCGUCAUCGUUGCUGUAGGCUACGCUAUGCGUGUUGAAAAAGUGCCUCCUUUUGAGGCUUCAGUCAUUGUGGCUUGAGUCGCGCAACACUGACAUUUCAGCACUUUCUUGAAGGGCCAGCUACCGCGCCUCAGACUUGCUUUGGAAAACGGUCAUCUUCAAUGCCAUUUUAUCAAGGUGAAUAUUGAACAAAUCCCUGAGAAGCAAUGGAUAAUAUUUUAGAGAACGUAUCUUUUACUGGACAUUCUGUAUUUUACAACUUUACUGACGAUUGGAUACCUGCUGACAGAGAAACUAUUGAUUUUAUUAUAAGAUGUGUCAUACCGACUGUGUAUAUUCUGAUCAUAACGAUUGGAUUGUUGGGGAACAUUACCUUGGUUAAGAUUUUUAUCACCAACAGUGCAAUGAGGAGCGUCCCCAACAUAUUUAUUUCGAGUUUGGCAGCUGGGGAUCUUUUGCUUUUGGUCACUUGUGUUCCAGUGGAUGCGUUCAGAUACUUCUUUGAGGAGUGGAUCUUCGGUGUUGUGGCUUGCAAACUAAUUCCGGUCAUUCAACUCACUUCAGUCGGAGUCUCGGUGUUCACUCUCACUGCACUAAGCGCGGACAGGUACAAAGCCAUUGUGAAUCCUAUGGACAUCCAGACAUCCAGUGCCGUGUUCUGGACAUGUCUGAAAGCUGUGUCCAUCUGGGUGAUCUCCGUCCUGCUGGCGGUGCCCGAGGCCAUCUUCUCCCAGGUAGUACACAUCCAGGACAAGAAUGUGACCUUCACCGCCUGCGUGCCCUAUCCCCUUUCCAACGACAUGCAUCCCAAGAUCCACUCCAUCCUCAUAUUCCUGGUGUACUUCCUGAUUCCCCUGGGGAUCAUCUCUGUAUACUACUUCCACAUCGCCAGGACUCUAGUCAAGAGUGCUCACGACAUGCCUGGAGAGAUCAGUGAGCACACGAAGAGACAGAUGGAGACGAGAAAACGGCUGGCCAAAAUUGUUCUGGUUUUUGUGGGCCUCUUCGCUCUUUGCUGGUUCCCCAACCAUGUCUUGUACAUGUACCGCUCCUUCAACUACCGUCAGAUCGACUCCUCUCUGUCGCACCUCAUCAUCACCCUGCUGGCCCGGGUGCUAAGUUUCUCCAGCUCCUGUGUCAACCCGUUUGCCCUCUACCUGCUGAGCGAGAGUUUCCGAAGGCACUUCAACAGCUCACUGCACUGCAAGAGGAAGCCCCACCACGAACGCAACACUAGCUACCUGCAGCAUACCUCAGCCAUAAGAAUGACCUCCAUCAAGAAGACCACCCCUACUGUCAUCAACGGACAUGGCAACAGGCAGGAGGUCACUCUGUAGGUUUAGGAUGUCACCUGAUGACAUGUAAGUGGUGGGAGUGGCACCAAAAAAAAGUUAGGUGCAAAGCUUUUACAAGGAGAACUAUUAUGAAAAGGUCAUGCAUGUGUGCUAAACAGAAAAUGCUUUUUUGAAGCUAUCUUGUCUAUACAUUCCCCACAAUGCCACAUAUCACUGCUGAUGAGAUGAUCACCCAUGAACUUGUCAACAAAUCUGUCUUGAGAGAUUCCGGUAUCCACAAUGUUCCAUUUUUCAUGUUUUGUUGUGUCAAUCUACAUGUUUCACUUUACACAGUUUGCAUAGAUAUAUACUGUCUGCGAAGCAAACCCAAAGAGCAGGUAGUUGCUCCCACGACAGGAAAUCUAUGUCCCUGUGUUUUUAUUUAUUUAUUUCAUCUUUAUUUAACCAGGUAGGCUAGUUGAGAACAAGUUCUCAUUUGCAACUGCGACCUGGCCAAGACAAAGCAAAGCAGU